AUGCUGUGUGUCCUGAGGCUCCUCCCUCCGCAGCACCUCCUCUCCUCCCUCCGCAGCACCUCCUCCCUCCGCAGCACCUCCUCCCUCCGCAGCACCUCCUCCCUCCGCGGCACCUCCUCUCUCCGCGGCACCUCCUCCCUCCGCGGCACCUCCUCCCUCCGCGGCACCUCCUCCCUCCGCAGCACCUCCUCCCUCCGCAGCACAUCCUCCCUCCGCAGCACCUCCUCCCUCCGCAGCACAUCCUCCCUCCGCAGCACAUCCUCCCUCCGCAGCACCUCCUCCCUCCGCAGCACCUCCUCCCUCCGCAGCACCUCCUCCCUCCGCAGCACCUCCUCCCUCCGCGGCACCUCCUCCCUCCGCGGUACCUCCUCCCUCCGCGGCACCUCCUCCCUCCGCGGCACCUCCUCCCUCCGCAGCACCUCCUCCCUCCGCAGCACCUCCUCCCUCCGCAGCACCUCCUCCCUCCGCGGCACCUCCUCCCUCCGCGGCACCUCCUCCCUCCGCGGUACCCUCCUCCCUCCGCGGCACCUCCUCCUUCCGCGGCACCUCCUCUCUCCGCGGCACCUCCUCCCUCCGCGGCACCUCCUCCCUCCGCGGCACCUCCUCCCUCCGCAGCACCUCCUCCCUCCGCAGCACAUCCUCCCUCCGCAGCACAUCCUCCCUCCGCAGCACCUCCUCCCUCCGCAGCACCUCCUCCCUCCGCAGCACCUCCUCCCUCCGCGGCACCUCCUCCCUCCGCGGCACCUCCUCCCUCCGCGGUACCUCCUCCCUCCGCGGCACCUCCUCCCUCCGCGGCACCUCCUCUCUCCGCGGCACCUCCUCCCUCCGGCACCUCCUCCCUCCGCGGCACCUCCUCCCCCCGCGGCACCUCCUCCCUCCGCGGCACCUCCUCCCUCCGCGGCACCUCCUCCCUCCGCGGCACCUCCUCCCUCCGCGGCACCUCCUCCCUCCGCAGCACCUCCUCCCUCCGCGGCACCUCCUCCCUCCGCGGCACCUCCUCCCUCCGCGGCACCUCCUCCCUCCGCGGCACCUCCUCCCUCCGCGGCACCUUCUCUCUCUCGCUGA